UCUUCGUUGUGGUGCGCGGGCUCCUCAUUGCGGUGGCUUCUCUUGCUGUGGAGCAUGGGCUCCAGGCGCGCAGGCUUCACUAGUUGUGGUCUAUGGGCUCAGUAGUUGUGGCUUUCGGGCUGUAUAGCGCAGGCUUGGUAGUUGUGGCACACGGGCUUAGUUGCUCCGUGGCAUGUGGGAUCUUCCAGGACCAGGGAUUGAAUCCAUGUCCCCUGCAUUGGCAGGCAGAUUCUUAACCACUGAGCCACCAGGGAACUCCCAAGGACAGUGUUUCUUAAAGAGUGAUCCAUGAUCAAUCCUGGAGGGUCGGUAAAAGCUGCAGAUUCCAAAGACCGGAGUGAUUCAGGAUUUCUGGGGGUUAGGCCAGGAAAGCAUUUGUACAGCAUGCUCCCCUGAUGAUCUAGGCAUAAUAGUUUGAAAUUCACUGCAACUUCACCAAUUCCGUUUGCAAUUUUUUUUUUUUUUUUUUUUUUUUUUUUUUAAGGAAAAAGGUGCGCCAAGAAUAUAAGAGGGAAAAAAUGGGAGCGGUGGGGAGUGAGUCGUUCAAAGCUCUAUCCAGGAACCUGGCAGCGCUGGUACUGUUGGCCUAGCUCGGCCAAGUAGGAACACUUGGGAGAGAACAGAAAUAAGUCUGGGACGUCCCACGAGACCGUUAAAAGGUCGGGAGUCAACGGUCGAGGCCACGGCCCUCGGGGCCGCCAGGUCACAGGAAGUGCAGGACAAGCCCUGAGCAGCAAAGCAGACCCAGAUGCCCCGCGGCUCCCGGGAGCGGUAGGGAGUCAGGCAGCUCCUCCACUUCCGUUACCAUUGGCAACGGCGGCCUCCCCAAAAGUUGGCGUGGCACGAAAAGGAGGGGCUUCCCGGCUCUGGGAGCAAAUGCGCAUGCGGUUGUCGGCCGGUCACAAGGCACUUCCUGUCGCGUGAUCUUGCGGACCAAUAAAAGUGUAUAAUUCCAGGGUCACGUGCGUCGGUUGCCUUUAGCAACCGGAGGCUUCUAAACAACCCGCCCUCCCUCCGAGUCCUCUGCGGUCCAAGUUCUCGUGGAGACGCCGGGCCUGGCGAAGCUACGCCCGGCCUCUCCCGCUUUUCCAGACCGCUGACUCCUGUACGCCGUCAUGGCAGAGUUGGGUCUAAAUGAGCACCAUCAAAAUGAAGUUAUUAAUUACAUGCGUUUUGCUCGUUCAAAAAGAGGCUUGAGACUCAAAACUGUAGAUUCCUGCUUCCAAGACCUCAAGGAGAGCAGGCUGGUGGAGGAGACCUUCACCAUAGAUGAAGUCUCUGAAGUCCUGAAUGGGUUACAGGCCGUGGUCCACAGCGAGGUGGAGUCUGAGCUCAUCAACACGGCCUACACCAAUGUGCUACUUCUGCGGCAGCUUUUCUCACAGGCUGAGAAGUGGUACCUCAGGCUACAGACAGACAUCUCUGAACUUGAAAACAGAGAAUUAUUGGAACAAGUUGCAGAAUUUGAAAAAGCAGAAAUUACAUCUUCAAAUCAAAAGCCCAUCAGAGAUAACAUAAAACCAAAACUUGCUCCACUUAAUGAAGGUGGAACAGCAGAACUCCUAAACAAGGAAAUUUUAAGACUUCAAGAAGAGAAUGAGAAAUUAAAGUUAAGGCUGAAGACCCUUGAAACACAGGCAACAAAUGCAUUGGAUGAGAAGUCGAAACUAGAAAGAGCACUGCAAGAUUUACAGCUUGAUCAAGGAACUCAAAAGGAUUUUAUAAAGGCCCAAGACUUGAGUGACUUGGAAAACACAGUUGCUGCUUUAAAGAGUGAGUUUCAGAAGGCACUUAAUGACCAGACAGAAAACCAGAAGUGCCUGGAGGAGAAUCUAGCGACGGCCAAGCAUGACCUACUCAGGGUGCAGGAGCAGCUGAGCAUGGCUGAAAAGGAAUUAGAGAAAAAAUUCCAACAAACAGCAGCUUAUCGAAACAUGAAAGAGAUUCUCACCAAGAAGAAUGACCAAAUCAAAGACCUGAGGAAAAGAUUGGCGAAGUAUGAACCUGAAGAUUAAAAGCUGAAGAAGAUUUCGCCUGGAAGCUGCCACAGCAUGAAAGUACAAGCUGUUUCUCACCUCAGGCAUGUAUUUGAAGCAGUUUGUUGUAUUCCCUCUCUUUAUUUUUCUAAUAUUUAGACUUUGCUUCUAAUAUUUAGAGCUAGAGUUCCUAUUUCAGUUACCUAAUUGAGAAGAGAGAAAACCUACUGACUGAUUCUGGCCUGUCAUCCCAAACUCCUCUCUGCUGAGUGCUCCAGAAUCUUAGUUCAAAUGCAGUGAGAAUUCUUUAUAGUAAAGAAGAGGCUUAUCCUUUUGCAUUAGUGUAAAGAGCACGCCUUUUCAAUAAAUGUUAAAGCUAGCAUUGUCUAUACUUGUGCAUUCCCCAGAGUAAAAAUAUAGAAUUAUUAAAGAUAGUUAUUACAAAUAAACCUUAUUUUUUAA